AUGGCCCAAGAUGAAAAAGAUGAAAACGGCAACAAAGGUGAUAAUAACAACAAAGGUAAUGGCAGAAGAAUUGUAACCCAUAUGAAUGUAAACACGAGUCGGACUAAUAAGAUGAUAUUUUCUAAUAAUGGGGGUCAAGGGGUGGGCGGGGGUAAGGUGUUGGCGUUGAAUCAGAACAAAGAUGCCGUCAAAGAGUUUCGGGAAUAUAAGAAAAAUCUUGCGAAAGCCAGGGCUGACAGACGGAAAGGGAAAUGA